AUGGGUGGCCCAGUGUCAGAGGGAGUAAAGGAAGCAUUUGCAAUAAUUGAGAUAACUCAGCAGAGCAUCCAGUGGGUGAGCAGGAGGCGUCCACUGGGGACAGGUAGACCCAUGCUGAUCUUAGCCCAGCUUGCCACUGUCCACGUGCUUCAUCACUGCGAGAGUGCUGGGACUGCUUUUGAGAGCUCUGGUUAUGUUUCUACUCCAAGCUGCUCCAAAGAGGAGCUUCUUACAAAUGAAAGGAAAGUCUUAAAUGUGUAUGCGUGUAUUCUUUGCAGCUCCCUCUCUGGUCGCUUAGGUGAUGUGGUGCUGUGCCGCGUCACUCGGAUGAUAAGCUCUCUGCAGGAGUGUUGCAAAGCAACAGAAGAAGUUGGCUUUAUCGUGAUGGCAGGUGAGGGCUGCAAAGACCUGGCUGCUGGCACAACCAAGGGUGGCUGGUGUCUUCAGUGGCUUCAUGGUGGCAGCUCCAAGUGUUUUGACUUCAUCUCUGGCUGUAAUGGAUUUUGUGCAGUUGAGGAGAUAAACCAAGAAGCUCCACUCGAAGGACCAGGCCAUGGGGAGGCUGAGACAAGAGAAUGCAUUUACUACAAUGCCAACUGGGAGUUGGAGAAGACCAACCAGAGCGGCGUGGAGCGCUGCGAGGGGGAGAAGGAUAAGCGGCUCCACUGCUACGCCUCCUGGAGGAACAACUCGGGCUCCAUUGAGCUGGUGAAGAAGGGCUGCUGGUUAGAUGACUUCAACUGUUAUGACAGGCAGGAGUGUGUAGCCACAGAAGAAAAUCCUCAAGUGUUUUUCUGCUGCUGUGAGGGCAACUAUUGCAAUGAGAAAUUUACGCAUUUGCCUGAAGUCACCGGCCCAGAAGUCAUAUAUGAGCCACCACCACCAACACCCUCCCUGCUCAACAUCCUGGUGUACUCACUGCUCCCCAUUGCUGUCCUCUCCAUGGCCAUCCUCCUGGCCUUCUGGAUGUAUCGGCACCGCAAGCCUCCUUACGGGCACGUCGACAUUAAUGAGGACCCUGGCCCACCACCUCCUUCUCCCCUAGUUGGCCUAAAGCCUCUUCAGCUCCUGGAGAUCAAGGCAAGGGGACGUUUUGGCUGUGUGUGGAAGGCUCAGCUGAUGAAUGACUAUGUAGCAGUGAAAAUCUUCCCUAUUCAGGAUAAGCAAUCUUGGCAGAGUGAGAGGGAGAUUUUCAAUACUCCUGGCAUGAAGCAUGAAAACCUUUUGCAAUUUAUCGCAGCGGAGAAAAGAGGGACAAACCUAGAGACGGAGCUCUGGCUGAUCACAGCUUUCCAUGACAAGGGUUCUCUGACGGACUACCUGAAGGGCAAUAUUAUCAGCUGGAAUGAGCUCUGCCACGUUGCAGAAACAAUGGCUCGUGGCUUGUCCUAUCUUCAUGAAGAUGUCCCUUGGUGCAAAGGUGAAGGACACAAACCUGCUAUAGCACACAGGGACUUCAAGAGUAAAAAUGUCUUGCUGAAGAAUGACUUGACAGCAGUGCUAGCCGAUUUUGGGCUAGCUGUACGGUUUGAACCUGGAAAACCUCCGGGGGACACUCAUGGACAGGUGGGAACAAGGAGAUAUAUGGCUCCUGAAGUGCUAGAGGGAGCAAUCAACUUCCAACGAGACGCCUUCCUGAGAAUAGACAUGUAUGCAAUGGGACUGGUCUUGUGGGAGCUAGUCUCCAGAUGUAGAGCUGUUGAUGGUCCUGUGGAUGAAUACAUGCUGCCUUUUGAAGAAGAAAUAGGUCAGCACCCAUCCCUUGAGGACCUGCAAGAAGUGGUGGUUCACAAGAAGAUGCGCCCUGUGUUCAAGGAUCACUGGCUGAAACACCCUGGCUUGGCGCAGCUCUGCGUGACCAUCGAAGAGUGCUGGGACCACGACGCGGAGGCUCGGCUCUCGGCGGGCUGCGUCGAGGAGCGCAUUGCGCAGAUCCGCAAAUCCGUAAACGGCACUACCUCGGACUGCCUCGUCUCCAUUGUCACAUCCGUCACCAACGUGGACUUGCCGCCCAAAGAGUCUAGUAUCUAA